AAAGCCCCCUGAAUUUAAACGUCACAGAGAUGAACUUCUUUUGUUUGAAAGAUUCGAAACGAUCCGCGGUAGGCGCUGCCAUUCCGGCGUUUGGCUGCUUAGGGUCGCGAAACCGUCGUCCUCGAUUAAGCGGCGGCGGUUUUGCCUCUUGGGAGUGAAAUCAGACCCAGUCUUCCAUCUAAUCCAGUAAGCUGUAGCUCUUUUUGGAUAACCUCUACUCUCAAUUCAUCACUCCGUGUAAUAAAUUUGUGGAAGUAACUGCGAGAGAGAGUUAUUUCAAGCGUUCCUUCUUCUAUACGGUUUCUUUGGAGGAAAAUGGAGUGCUUGUUGAUCGGCAAUCCGUCUAGGAUCAGGCUUGUGCCGCGGGCCUUGCCGACCAAAGGAUACAGGAAAAGCUUGCGUUCUGAAGUUUUAAAAUUGGGAAUUUCGAAGGGAGGUAGAAAGGGAAUCUUUCCCCUCUGCUGCUUCAGCUUUUUUGAUGAAGAUUAUUCCCCCUAUAAAGCGGCAAUGAAUUUACUUAACAAAGAUUUCAUUACAAAUUAUGCUGAAGUCAGUGAGUGGGAAAGUGGGAAGUCUCAGGAAACGAUACUAAAAAAUCAAGGCAUAAUGAUUAGAAGACGACCUCCUUAUGGACCUCCAUCUCACACAGUAGCACCUCGCAAUAUUUUGGAGAAAAUUAUUUGGGACAAGGAAGUUGAAGUUGACCAGUUAAAACAGAGAAUGCCGUUAGACAUGAUCACCGAAGAGCUUAAGAAUGCUCCUCCUGUCAGAGAUUUUAUACUGGCUUUGAAAUUUGCUCAUCAACAAACUUUUAAGCCUGCUUUGAUUGCCGAGGUGAAAAAGGCUUCUCCAAGCAGUGGAGUGCUUCGGGAGGACUUUGAUCCUGUCCAAAUAGCUCUUGCUUAUGAGAAGUAUGGAGCAGCAUGUCUGAGUGUUUUGGCUGAUGAAAAGUAUUUCCAGGGAAGCUAUGAUAAUUUGGAGGCCAUUAGGAGAGCUGGUGUUGAGUGCCCGCUUCUCUGCAAGGAGUUUAUUGUUGCUCCCUGGCAAGUUUGUUAUGCUCGUUUGAAAGGGGCAGAUGCAAUCCUUUUAAUUGCUGCUGUAUUGGCUAACAUUGAAAUCAAGUAUGUUUCUAUGAUGUGUGAUAAACUCGGCAUGGCUGCUCUGGUUGAGGUGCAUAAUGAAAGAGAAAUAGACCGUGUUUUGGGCAUUGAAGGAAUAAAACUUAUUGGCAUCAAUAACCGUGACCUUGGAACUUUUACAGUUGAUAUUUCAAACACAAAAAAGCUUCUAGAGGGAGAAAGAGGCGAGAUCAUCCGCCAAAAAGGCAUAACUGUGGUGAGCGAGUCUGGAUUAUUUACACCUCAAGAUAUUACGUUUGUUCAAGAUGCAGGCGCCCAUGCGGUUUUGGUGGGGGAAUCCCUAAUAAAAAAGGAAGACCCUGGAAUGGCGAUAGAGGAGGUUUUUGGGAUAGAUGUUUCUCUCAAUUCUUACUUGUAAGAUUUCUAUGGAUGCCAAUCAGAGCGUUGGUGAGAGCUUUGGAUUCUAAUGCCAAGGUUUUGAGUUUAUAAAUAAGUCCCGGCCAUACAAACUUGACGGGAAAAGCAUUUCUUACUACUAAUUAUUUGUUUUGCCAAUCAUGCUUUAUUUUCAUCCUUAAUUAAAUUUGCGCUCAUGGGAAA